AUGGCCGGCUGGUAUGUCGGAGGGUUCGAGAUGCAGCGCUCUUGGAGUGACUCUUCGCUUCUCACCGAUAGGGAUCUUGAUUACCGCCGUUAUCCCGAGGCCAGGAAACGACGUUUGAGCGACCCCGAAUACUUCGAUCUACAAGACGACUAUGAGCUACUCCCAGAAUGGAAGCGUCUUCGACUCGACAGCCCUUUCGACGAGUACGAGAGCGGACACUUCAACCACAAUCUCAUCCCACCGUUCUUCGUCAUCAAGGAAGCUGGAAGGUCACCGCUAGAGAGCGACUCCGGCUUAUCCGGAGAUGGCCACACGCCGUUCGAGGAGCCCAGCUCAGUCUGGCCCCCGGAUUAUGCUGAGACCUCAACGAGGCCCGAGCUCCCCUUCCUGUUCUUGAAGGUGCGAGGGCAGGAUGACACUCCCGAUACAAAUCAUACGUCACAGACCGAAGAUGAGUACCACGAUGCAGCGGCUAGACUAGUCGAAAGAUACCUCAUGGGCAACCGUCAGCGACGCAGGCUCGCCCAACAUGAGAGAAUCUUGAGGAGCCUUAUCUGUCCCAAAUCCCACGGAGCAGAGUUCGAUAUCGACGACGAUGCCCUACAGGGCAUAUUCUUCGCCGUCAACGAGAUUUUCUUCCGAGGGAGACUGAAAGGGCGCGUGACUUGGGCUUGGGAGGAUCUGCCUAGCAACCUGAUAGGCACCACCGCACUGAGGAACGCACCUGAUGAGAAAGGGGGUCUCGAGACCUUGAUCUUCCUGUCAAAGCAGAUCCUCAAGGACAAGAAAUACAACAGACGCCUACUCAUAUCGACCUUCAUCCACGAGCUCAUCCACAGCUACCUCUUCAUACAAUGCGGCUUCCACCCCAGCGACUGCGGCGGGCACACGAAGGGCUUCGAGCGCAUCGCCGAGCUGAUCGACGGAUGGGCCGGACACGAUCUUCUCCAUCUCUGCAAUAUGGAAGCCGAGCUCAGCAACUUCGAGGUCGGAAAGCCGAGGGAGAUUCUUCCACCCGACCACAUGUUCAGCGGCUGCCAGGUGCAGUGGCUCGAUGACGGAUCGCCUGCGUAUAUCGUCAUUAUGGAGAGGCCGCGGCCUGUUGCUAUACGCUUACCGCACCGGGACUUGCCGUGGGAAUAG